CCCCUUUUUCCAAAAUGUCGACGUUGGCCGCUCAGCUGAACGGCACUCUCCCUUUGUCGGCGGACGCGUGGUCAGGAUUCCUCGCACAGGCCAAGCAGCAUGUGUCCGCCCUCGACUCGCGCACUUUCGUCCUGUUGCUCAUUAACGCCCCCGUCAUCGCCAUCGUUCUCAAUGUUUUGAGACAGUUGGUGAUUCCCAAGAAAGCAACGGACCCGCCUGAGGUUUUCCACUGGAUUCCCAUCGUUGGAUCGGCCAUCCAGUACGGCAACGACCCUCUCAACUUUUUCUUCAAGUGCAGGGAGAAGUACGGCGAUGUUUUCACUUUCGUUUUGCUCGGUCGACGUGUCACGGUUGCCUUGGGUCCCAAGGGCAACAACUUUAUUCUCGGUGGCAAAUCCAUCGUAUUUAAUGCCGAGGAUGCCUACACUCACCUUACGACCCCUGUGUUCGGCAAGGACGUCGUCUACGAUGUUCCCAACGAGAAGUUCAUGGAACAGAAGCGAUUCGUCAAAGUCGGUAUCUCAGCGGAGAACUUGCGUGCAUACGUGGGCAUGAUCGAGGAAGAAGUCGAGGGCUUCUUGAACAACGAUCCAGCCUUCUCCGUCUUCCAGCAGAACGAUGUCAACGAAUGGGGAACUUUCAACGCUGUCAAGGUCAUGCAAGAGAUCACCAUUCUCACUGCCUCGAGGACCCUCCAGGGCAGGGAAAUUCGCAACGGCCUCACCAAGGAGUUCGCUCAGAUUUACAACGACUUGGACGGUGGAUUCACCCCCCUCAACUUCCUCUUCCCCAACUUGCCUUUGGAGAGCUACCGCAAGCGUGACCGUGCUCACAAGAAGAUGUCCGACUUCUACGUUGACAUCAUUAAGAGGCGCAGGGCUGGCCACAGCGAUGAAACCGACCACGACAUGAUUUCUGCUUUGCUUGAACAACGCUACCGCAACGGUACCGCCCUCAAGGACCAUGAAAUUGCUCACAUCAUGAUUGCCCUUCUCAUGGCUGGUCAACACACCUCUUCCGCUACUGGUGCCUGGACUCUUCUCCACCUCGCCAACAACCCCGAUGUUGCUGAGGCUCUGUACAAGGAACAACUCGAACACUUCACCAACCCCGACGGCAGCUUCCGCGAGAUGACCUAUGACGAACUCCGUGCCCUCCCCAUCCUCGACUCGGUCAUCCGUGAAACCCUUCGCAUGCACCCUCCCAUCCACAGUAUUAUGCGCUACGUCCGUGACGAUGUCGCCGUCCCCGGAUCCCUCUCCGCCCCCUCCAAGGACAAGACCUACAUCAUCCCCAAGGGCCACUACGUCCUCGCUUCCCCCGUCGUCAGCCAAAUGGACCCCCGCAUCUGGAAGAACCCCGAAACCUGGGACCCCACCCGCUGGAGCGAUCCCGAAGGUGUUGCUGCCGAGGCUUACAAGACCUAUGUCGACGAGAACGGAGAGAAGAUUGAUUACGGUUUCGGUGCUGUCAGCAAGGGAACUGAGUCUCCAUAUCAACCCUUCGGUGCUGGCAAGCAUAGGUGCAUUGGUGAACAGUUUGCCUACCUGCAAUUGGGUGUUCUCAUCUCGACUGUCAUCCGCAAGUUGGAGCUCAGAGUAGACAUCAUCCCAGAGCACAACUACCACACUAUGAUCAUGAUGCCCAAAACACCUCAUACCAUCUCCUACCGUCGCCGAAAGGCCGACUAGUUUUUAUGUCACGACCAUUAGACGUUAAUUGAUACAUAAUGUUAUUUACUUACCAUACUACACGGAACUGGAUAGAUAAUCCAAUCGAGAAUGCUU